AGGGUAAGCAGACGGAAAUAGCACAGUCGACUACAUAUGGAAACAACAGAGGAAAUACACUACUGUUAUUAUUUUCUGAAUGUAAAGCAGUUAUAUUGUCAAUGGUGAAAUGAGACCAUGUAUUUCGGCGUACGUACAGACGAUUCUGCGUGGUCUCAACCCAUCACUUCCGUGGAUUAGACAUGCAUAAAGGCCAGCCUGAUUGGUCCACCAUGGAGAGGAGAAAAUAACAAGACGUCAGGUGGGAAAGAGCAGACGAGGAUCUCGUCUGCCAAGCGUCUGCACCUUCUUCCAAGCAUAUACCACCCGCAGUGUAUCCAGGGGAAAAGACGUAGUGAGACAACGUUAGAGAAAGGGUGAGGAGGAGGAGGAGGAGGCGGCGGCGGCUGAGAAGGCAGGAGGGGGUGACAGACAGACAGACAGACAGACAGACAGACAGACAGCAGUGGAAGACGGGAGCGUGAGUGAAGAAGAUGGCAUUCCUGGACAACCCCACCAUCAUCCUGGCACACAUCCGUCAGUCGCACGUCACCAGCGAUGACACGGGCAUGUGCGAGAUGGUGCUGAUAGAUCACGACGUGGACUUGGAGAAGUGCCAGUCCAGCGGCCUCUCUGGGGGCGGAGGCUCGGCCUUCGGCUCGGGCCUGCUCGGGGACAGCGGGAGUGGGAGCGAGGGCCAGGCCUGUGACCUGUCCCAGUCGGUGGACAUCACCUCCAGCUGGGACUUUGGCAUUCGCCGGCGCUCCAAUACAGCACAAAAACUGGAACGGCUGAGGAAGGAGCGGCAAAACCAGCUGAAGUGCAAAAACAUUCAGUGGAAGGAGAGGACGUCUUCCCAAUCAGCGGAAGACUUGGGGUCCCUAUUUGAGAAGAAGGACUUCAAGGAUCGGCCGCGGAGUACAGGCACCAAGUCCACCCUCUCCCUGCGGCUGGAGCAGUGUCCUCAGCAGCUCAACAAUCCCUUCAACGAGUACUCCAAAUUCGACGGCAAGGGCCACGUAGGUACCACAGCAACCAAAAAAAUCGACGUCUACCUCUCGAUGCAGUCGGCUCAGGAGAAGAUGCACCCCAUGACGGUGGUCACCAUGGCAAACGCGCGGGUUCAUGACCUCAUUGGCCUGAUCUGCUGGCAGUACACCAGCGAGGGGCGGGAACCCAAGCUCAAUGAGAACGUGAACGCCUACUGUCUGCACAUCGCCGAGGACGACGGGGAGGUGGACACGGACUUCCCACCUCUGGACUCUAACGAGCCCAUCCACAAGUUCGGCUUCAGCACGCUGGCCCUGGUGGAGAAGUACUCCUCGCCCGGCCUCGCCGCUAAGCAGUCACUCUUCGUCAGAAUAAAUGCGGCGCAUGGCUUCUCCCUGAUCCCGGUGGACAGCCUGAAGGUGCCCAUGAAGGAGAUCCUGCAGAGGGCUCUGAAGAGGAGGAAGGGCUCGCAGAAGGGCUCAGUGUGUAAGAAUGCUGCCCUCGGUCCCCAGUACCGGCUGGAGAAGCAGACGGAGCCUAACGUGGCUGUGGACCUGGACAGCACACUGGAGAGCCAGAGCACGCUGGAGUUCUGCCUGGUCAGAGAAAACAGUUCGCGGGGUGAGGAGAGCUCAGAAGAGGACCCUCCCAUAGACAUCACCACGGUGCAGGACAUGCUGAGCAGCCAUCACUACAAGUCCUUCAAGAUCAGCAUGAUCCACAAGCUGCGCUUCACCACAGACGUUCAGCUGGGCAUCUCGGGAGAGAAGGUGGAGAUUGACCCGGUGACCAAUCAGAAGACGAGCACCAAGUUCUGGAUCCGCCAGAAGCCCAUCUCCAUCGACUCUGACCUGCUGUGUGCCUGCGACCUGGUGGAGGAGAAGAGCCCCAGUCAUGCAAUAUUCAAACUCACAUAUCUCAGCAAUCACGACUACAAGGCUCUCUACUUUGAGUCUGACGCUGCUACGGUCAACGAGAUUGUGCUCAAGGUGAACUACAUUCUGGAGUCCCGGGCCAGCUCAUCACGGGCCGACUACUUCGCCCAGAAACAGCGCAAGCUGAGUCGACGCACCAGCUUCAGCUUUCAGAAGGACAAGAAGUCAGGCCAGUAGGCGUAGCCGACCGUGAAAAAAAACAGCGGCCUACUGCACGCAGUUGCAUCUUGUGUCAAGUUCAAGCAGCAGUGAUGCUCAACCUACAAGGAAGAGAAGAGGACCAGACUAGAGAGAAGGCUGGUGAUGAAAAGAAAAAAACAACAAUGUUAGAAUGAUUCGAAGGAUUAGAGAGGGAGGUUGGGGAAGCAGGGAUCUUGGGAUGGGAGGAGGAAGGAGAGGAAGGAAGGAAGGGUGGUACAGAAAUGUAACCAUAGAGAAGUGGUGUCCAAAGCGAGAGGGAGAGAGAAGUGACUUUUGGAUGAGAAGUCUCAAAGGAAGGGAAGAUUGGUAAAAGAGAGAGGAAGUUGGAUUGUUGGCACUGGUGAUGAAGAUGAAGGAAAUGUUGGUGGCCUCUCGACACAGGGCUACCCGUCAGCCAUAUCAGAAAAAACUCUGAACUCUUCCAGUUCAUGCCUGGCUAUGACAAAUGAACUGACAUGGAGCGAAUGAAAUCACAUGUUAAACCUCAUAGUGAGGAAUUAAGAUGCAAAAAAAUUAAAUGUCAUUAGUCUCACUAAUGUUUCGUUCGGAGCAAGAGGUAAGAGAGGUGGUUGUCAAUAUUAAGUAAAUCUGCAAAUCCUAAUAACAUCCACUCACUGCCUGCAAUGAACUGUAUGAAAUAAAAAGAUAUCAACUGUUUAAGAAGGUAGCCUAGUAAGCGCAAAGAAACGAAAUACAAAACAUCACAGCUUAACUUACAAUGAUUAAGACGAUCGAUUUCCCCCCCCUGCUUUCAUCCCAUAUAUUUAUCACAGAUGCUAAAACCUAUCAAACUGGUGGCGUACGUUCUUAUGUAAAGGGAACAUCCUUGCAUUAAAAAAGCAAACAAACAUGUAAAUAGCAACUGCAUUCAGGGUAACAUGAUAAGACUAAAACCUGCUCUGGCCAUAGUGACUUCAGUGCCUAAUAUCGUUCAGUAGAGCGACACUUGGGUUCUGUGGGGUGCAAGGGUUUUAAGGACGAAAUUCAAACAAGGCAUUUCCACAACAGAGGUAAACAUCAACCGCUCAACCUCACUUUUUAAAGUCUGUGGAGGCGAGACAAGGAAGGCAAAGGAACGAUAACCAUUUUUUCCUCUUUCUUUUUUAAAAAAAAAUGAUCAAACAAAAAUGAAAUUAUUACGAGUACUUUUUACUGUGAUCUAGAAAUGUUUUUUUUCUCUGUGCAUUGUAUCUAUGGACUGUAAUAUAUCGAAACCAAGCACUGUCUGUUAAACAGAUGAUAAAAUGUUUGUUCUAUUUGGGCUGCAAUUAGGGAAUGUAUGACAUUUUUAUUGCAUUGUGUGUCUCAAAUGUCUAAUGUUUCAAAGCGAUAACGUGCGUUUAUGCUCUGCUGGUUUUCUGCCUCGGGAUGUUUUCUUCGUUUUUUUUCUGCUUUCACUUUCGUCUCUGUUUCCAUACAACAGGGACCCACAAACAAUGUAACCAACUUCAAAAAGCUGCUGUCUAAAUGGAUUCAGGGUGUGUGUUCAGAUCCAAACCGUGUACCGACUCAGGUCUCCUACUGCCAUGUUAUGCUGACUGACUUUAGUGGGGUUUUUUUUCUUUUAGUUUUUUUUUCUUCCCUCUGUGUGAGUGGAAAGAAGACAUUGUACUCAGUGCAGCCAAGCCACAGUAUUGACAGAUGGAUUCUGCUGGAAGAAGUACUCUCCCAUGUCUUGGGACACAACAAGUGAAUGAUAUUAAUACAAAAGACAUUUCAAAUGAAACUUUAUUUAUAGCGUGGAAGGCUACGAUGGACUGGUGCUUGUCAUGCACCUCACAGAAUUGAACUUUAUUUGCUACAGUACAUAUAUACUGUAUAUAAGUAGAUUUUCUAAUUAAAGAAUGAACUUGAA